CUGCUGCCGCUGCCCUUUCCAUGCUGCUACUACUGCUACUACUACACAACCGAUAACAUGCGCCCACCCAACAGCGCGACAUGAACAGCGAGAAUGUCUGGCAGUCGUGCGAUGGCAGUCCAGAUGUACCCAUUGGAUGUACCUUAACCGCACAAGAGAUUGCAGGCCUCAAGACUGGCGCGAGAACUCCUCGGCCAUACUACAAUGACCAGCUACACGAUUGGCAGGGUCGCAAACACUCCCUCCACGAACCUCAAACCAGCAGCGGAGAUGAACUGAAUGCCCCAGAGAGCAUAGACGGAGAAUGGGAGCGACAGAGCAAACCAGUAUCUGUCAUAAGCAGCGAGAGUGGAACCGAGGCCGACGAUGAACGAUCGACUUUCGUCAAAGCACUGCCACCCAGCGCCGUACGACCGAGGAAAGGACUCAAGACGGGAGAAGAGGAUGAAGAUGCGCUGCUUACGCCCAGCCAGCUUGAUGAGCGAGAACGGGAGCUCACAGGCUAUUUUCAGAAGCAAAAGGCAGAAGGGAGUUCUGCACAAAGGGAACAGGAAGAGCAUGAAAAGUUAAUGAAGAGGAGAUAUGCCGAGUUUGCCAGACGAAGCUCGGAAGUGGCGCUCAUGAUGGUGAUUUUAGCAUGCGUGUUAUGCGGCAAAGGAGUUGGCAGCAUAGCCUGGGCAUGGCGGCGAGAACUGCUCAGCCAACUGCUCACCAUCAUGGGGCUCAUUCUGGUCUAUCCGAUUAAGCUGUCCAUCAUAGACACGGCAGCUGCCCCCAGCAGUAUCUGGCAACGAUUUCGAGUACCAGCCUCGUUCGACCCUGCAACAGUCCUCUAUCCACCUUUGCUACCUGUCAUGGUCGCUUUAUCAGUAGCGCCAGCGAAUCCGGCAGUCGUGCUGCCAAACAUUGUAAUCGGACUUGCUUCACUACCACAACGACUCUUUCCACGAUCCAGUCGACUAGGACGUUUUAAUUCUGUGCACUGGCUUGUGGCCAUUGUUCCACUCAUCGUGGCCGAAAACUCCGCUUGGCACUCUAAUCACCUUUUACCACACUUGCUGCAGGCACCAGACGCGCUCACCCGGGAGACUCUGGUCACACUCUAUCCGCUGCAUCACGCACUGCUGCAGCCACUCCAGUAUUUGACUAGGACAAGUCUCUUGGCGUCAGAAGUGCACCUGCUGUCAGCUGUCUUGAUCAACCUUCUCUUGCUUGCCUCGUCGCCGCAAACUGUAAUAUUAAAAGCAUGUCUAUGGCUGGGGGGUGUGAUGCUGUUCGUGUUAUGCGGGCCAGUUCUUCACUGGAAUCUCACUCUGGUUAGAAUCCCGAGAUGGAAGCUACGACGAGAUGGCCAUACAGCUGAGGAGCGAAAGUCGUUGGUCGAUGCAGUCUCGAAUCUCAUCAAUAUACAACGAGCAACCACGGCUUUCCAGGGACCAAGCACAGCCGAAAGUGAUGCCGAUGAGGACGAGCCAAGUCGGUUCCUUAAGCCGAAGGUGAGUCUGGGCAGGCCCAGACUCAACACUUCACAGUCACUACUCCACCCUUUCCAUACUGGCUUUUUCGGCGUCGAGGCAGCAGUUGAAAGCCAGCAACCAUUGCCAGUCAUAGGCAACGAUGGUAGACCACGACGCUACGCAAGGCGAAACACGCUUCCAGAACGACAGCCGCCUCACGUCUUCUCCACGACUACCAGCACAAAGCGCAACAGAAGUAGAGCACAGCACAUCGCAUGGUACCUUCAACUCACACCUGAACAAGCCAAGAGACGAAAGUGGCUAUAUGCAAGCUUCAUAUAUGCUGCUAUACUAGCUAUCGUCUUCAUCCCGGUAAGCUCGUACAUUGCUCGCCGCGCCCUCUGGAAUCGUGAGCCCGUAGGCUGGGCAGUUGGCUACCUCUUAGGCCAGAUUCCAAUAGUACACAACUCUGUAUCAGAUCUAGGUCUCGACACGUGGUGGAUACAACUACCUCUCGCCAACAGCACGAACUGGUCCGCCAUACCCCUCAGCAUACCCCUCCACAUCGACAUCAUUCGAUCCGAUCUUGGCCAAGCCAACGUCCGGCUCCUUCUCAUCGCGUACUGGCUGGCUGUCCUCGCGGCUGGUCUCCUGACAGUGUUCACACUAACAGCCUUUGUGGAAGUCGACACGCGUCGUAAAGUCUUCCAUGGAGUCAUGGUCGCGAUGCUACUUCCAGCGACUUACGUCGACCCUUGUUUCUGCAGCCUGACUCUCGGUCUCAUCCUAGCAGUCUUCCUACUACUAGAGAUCAUCCGCGCAGGACAAGUUCCACCUCUCGGGAACGCCAUUUCUCGCUUCGUGGCCCCUUAUGUUGACGGAAGAGACUUGAGAGGUCCGGUUGUCGUGAGCCAUAUAUUUCUGCUUAUUGGCUGCGCGGUACCAUUGUGGUUCAGCUUAGCCAGUAUCGGACGCGCUGGAGCUCGACCUUGGGAGAACUGGGAGCUUCAAGGUAAUCUUCGAGAAACAGCCAUGAUCUCUGGUGUAGUCUGCGUAGGCAUGGGCGAUGCCGCUGCAUCCUUGAUCGGCCGACGAUAUGGUCGGCACAAAUGGAUAUGGGUGGGCGGAAAAAGUUUAGAAGGAUCGGCAGCUAUGGCAUGUGCUGUAGCAGUCGGAUUAUUGUUGGCUCGCGCAUGGCAGAUAUUUGGUGGCUGGAACGGAAGUUCGUGGAUCGAGCGUCCGUGGUGCUGGGACUGGAGCAUCGCUAUCCUGAAAGCUUUAUUCUGUGGAUGUGCAGCCUCGUUCAUGGAAGCGGUCUUGACGGGAGCAAACGACAAUGUGGUGGUACCCGUGGCUUUGUGGUUACUCGUCAAGGGCGUCAGACUUUAGACAGGCGUCGUCACUCUUCUUCUCAUUCCAAAUGUCGGUCUUUGUUGUUUUUGUUGUUGUAGUACUUGUUGUAGUGGUAGUAGUGCGUAACGACGACUCGAGCC